GUACAGUCACCUUCAUUACAACCGUUCUUCGAGCUUAGAUAUUUCAUUUGUUUUUGUUGGCAAAGGAAUACAUUACUCAGUUGGUAACGGAUAUUGUUGUGAUACACCACGCGUCGUUGUACUAUGAAUAAUAAUCACGAUAAUAGGAUUGUUCUUAAUCCGAGUUCAAUCUCACCAAUCGCUGUGAGUCAGUGCCUCGCAACCAAUCCGAAUAAUGGACAUUGUGACACCGAAACGCUGAUCGAUUUAGAGUCCGAUGUUUCAACAUCGCUUCCACGAUCCCCAAAUCAUAAUGCUGUGCUAACACACGAGAGACAAUUACAUCAAAUCAUCCGUCCAUCGUACAACGAACCGAACGCAUUCCACACAAAUGGUGGUGCGCAAACGGCGCUACUUUCUCGAGAAUAUGAAGCGUGUUCCAACUUUCGCUAUUCGCCUCCACCACCCUACGAUUUCUAUCCGAUGCCCAGUCAGAAUAAUAUUCAACCGACACCGUAUCCCCAGCAAGUACUGCACUUUCCGCAACAUCAAAAUGUGCAGUAUCUUCAGCAGCAACGGUUGCAGUAUCCUCAACAGGAAAGUUUGCAGUAUCAUGAAGAAAUAUCGGAUUAUCCACACGCGCAACGAAUGCCGUAUCAAUACCGAAGAGACGGGAAUUUUCCAACAUUGCAUGAACCACCGCCGCGACAAUUCGAAAGACACAGCUGUAAUACAUGUUUAAUGGUAGACACUAUGUGCUGCUGCUUUUGUGUUUUGCCAAUAUGUUUGCUAAUUUUCUUGUUGUUCUUUGCAUCCACUGGUCUUUAAAUGCGAAAUGAGGCAACUGUUGUCUUUACAGCCAUUGAAGGCUUUCAUGAUAGUGGAUUGGAUUGAUUUUGAUAUUAUUCUACGGUCUGAAAUAUCCAUCCACGACAUGUUUUUCUGUUUCGUUUUCUUUUACUAUUUUCUAAAAAUUAAAAUUCUAUUGAGUCAGUCUUUUCAUUGAUCCGCGGAAUUAAAUGGCAGUUGUUAACUAUUCCUUGGAACUUU